CGAUUGAAUGUAAGCGGUGAUUGCCACCAACUCUUUGCCACCAAACCAUUGCUCUCAACUCUAACUGUAUGCACUCAUAACUGUAGCACUUUACUGAAAGCUGUAAAAAGCCCCAGGCGAGUUCCAAUCUGAUUCAAAAGCACGUGCCACUUCGGCGAAUGAUUACGGGGAUGAGCUACUAGCACGUUGCCGCGAGCACGCUUAUCGAGAUCGCAUCCUGCGAUCGCUCCGCUUGAACAAACCGUCACACUAUAAAUGAGAUUAAUUUCCUCAACCGUGAAAUCACAUCCCAUAGAACAGUGACCGAACACGAACCUCCACGAAAUGUACCACCGAGCGUUGUUUCUGUGCGGUUUCCUGCUGCUAGGCUUACAGUGUGGUUGGCAGACGCUAGCCGACGACUGUAUGGACAUGAAGAUUUACACUACUAAGGUUGCUUCCUGCUGUCAGCUGGAAGAAUUCCUAACCCUAAAGACGUACGGCAGUUGUUUGAACACUAUGGACGAAAAGUAUCCCGAUUCAACCCUGGAUUAUUUGGUCUGUGGACUCGAUUGUACGUACCGGGAGAUGGGCAUCCUGACGGGAGAGGAUGACAUUAACGUAGAACAGAUCAGCACCAACCAAGCGGUGCACGGUGAGUCGUACCAGGAAGCGAUUGCCAAAGCCGUCGAUGCCUGUCUGGCACAGAGGGAAGAGUUCCGCGAGCAGGCGAAAUUGAUUCAGACGGAGUGUAGUAUAUUCGCGCUCAAGUUUCACGGGUGCAUUAUGGUGGAAUCGAUGCGAAACUGUCCCGCCGAACGGUGGGACUCGAGUGUGUUGUGUGAAAAGGUGCGAAGUGGUGUAGCCGUGUGUCCACCGUGAAAGGGUAGGUUUGCAAGUUUCUGGCGAACUGGCGCAAUGGAAAGCAUUAAAAAUAAAGUUAAGGAACUACAUGCAAUAAAACAAAACGAUUCAAUUCACUUGGACGUUUGUGCAAGAAUCUAUUGUGCAAGAAGAAUGUGUUGCUGCCUGGAUCAUUCAUAUUCGUAACACUUAACUGGUGGCACCCUCUGGUAGCAUUAGGGUGUACUACCACAAAUGCUAUUUAAACUGUUCACUAUCCCGUUCUGAGUAUUUAAAUGAUAAUACAUGCUUACAUAGUUUUCAGCUAUAAUUGUGCUCUUCCCUUCUUUGUGAUUUGAUUGGUUUGAAUUCAAGUCUAAGCCUGCAUUAAUAGCUUUAGGGGAUUCACUAUUUUUGACUGUUUAGUAUACCAAUUAGCCG